AUGGACGAGGACGUGGACGUGGACAUGGACGAGGACGUGGACAUGGACAUGGACGUGGACGUGGACAUGGACGGGGACGUGGACGUGGACUUGGACGUGGACGUGGACAUGGACGUGGACGUGGACGUGGUCGUGGAUGUUGACGUGGACGUGGACGUGGACGUGGACCUGGACGUGGACGUGGACGUGGACGUGGACGUGGACAUGGUCGUGGACGUGGUCGUGGACGUGGAGGACUUGGACGUAAACAUGGACGUGGACGUGGUCGUGGACGUGGACGUGGACGUGGACGUGGACGUAGACGUGGACAUGGACGUGGACGUGAACGUGGACGUGGACGUGAACGUGGACGUGGACAUGGACGUGGACGUGGAUGUGGACGUGGACGUGGACAUGGACGUGGACGUGGAUGUGGACAUGGACGUGGAUGUGGACGUGGACGUGGACAUGGACGUGGACGUGGACAUGGACGUGGACGUGGACAUGGACGUGGAGGUGGACAUGGACGUGAUCGUGGACGUGGACGUUGACGUGGACGUGGACGUGGACGUGGACAUGGACGUGGACGUGGACGUGGACGUGGACGUGGACGUGGACAUGGACGUAGACGUGGACGUGGACGUGGACAUGGACGGGGACAUGGACGUGGACUUGGACGUGGACGUGGAAAUGGACGUGGACGUGGACGUGGACGUGGUCGUGGACGUUGACGUGGACGUGGACGUGGAUUGGACCUCUGACAUGGACCUGGACGUGGACGUGGACGUGGACGUGGACGUGGACAUGGUCGUGGACGUGGUCGUGGACGUGGAGGACUUGGACGUAAACAUGGACGUGGACGUGGUCGUGGACGUGGACGUGGUCGUGGUCGUGGACGUGGUCGUAGACGUGGACGUGGUCGUCCACGACAUGGACUUGGAUAUGGACGCGGACGUGGACGUCGACGUCGACGUGGUCGUGGACGUGGACGUGAAUAUGGACGUGGACGUGGACGUAUACGUGGACGUGGACGUGGACGUGGUCGUGGACGUGUACGUGGACGUGGACGUGGACUUGGACAUGGACGUGGACGUGGACGUGGACGUCGACGUCGACGUGGACAUGGACGUGGACGUGGAAGUGGACGUGGACGUGGACGUGGACGUGGACGUGGAAGUGGACGUGGACGUGGACAUGGACGUGGACAUCGACGUGGACGUGGACAUGGACGUGGACAUGGACGUGGACGUGGACGUAGACGUGGACGUGGACGUGGACGUGGACGUGGACGUGGACGUGGACGUGAACGUGGACGUGGACGUGGACGUGGACGUGGACGUGGACGUGGACGUGGACGUGGACAUGGACGUGGACGUGGACGUGGACGUGGACGUGGACGUGGAUGUGGACAUGGACGUGGACGUGGACAUGGACGUCGACGUGGACAUGGACGUGGACGUGGACAUGGACGUGGACGUGGACGUGGACGUGGACGUGGACGUGGACGUGGACGUGAUCGUGGACGUGGACGUUGACGUGGACGUGGACGUUGACGUGGACGUGGACGUGGACAUGGACGUGGACGUGGACGUGGACAUGGACGAGGACGUGGACGUGGACAUGGACGGGGACGUGGACGUGGACAUGGACAGGGACGUGGACGUGGACUUGGACGUGGACAUGGUCGUGGACGUGGACGUGGACGUGGACGUGGACGUUGACGUGGACGUGAACGUGGACGUGGACCUGGACGUGGACGUGGACGUGGACGUGGACGUGGACAUGGUCGUGGACGUGGUCGUGGACGUGGAGGACUUGGACGUAAACAUGGACGUGGACGUGAUCGUAGACGUGGACGUUGUCGUGGUCGUGGACGUGGUCGUAGACGUGGACGUGGUCGUCCACGACAUGGACUUGGACAUGGACGCGGACGUGGACGUAGACGUCGACGUGGUCGUGGACGUGGACGUGAACAUGGACGUGGACGUGGACGUGGACGUGCUCGUGGACGUGGAGGACUUGGACGUGGACCUGGACGUGAAAGUGGUCGUGGACGUGGACGUGGUCGUGGUCGUGGACGUGGUCGUAGACGUGGACGUGGUCGUCCACGACGUGGACUUGGACAUGGACGUGGACGUGGACGUGGACGUGGACGUGGUCGUGGACGUGGACGUUAACAUGGACGUUGUCGUGGUCGUGGACGUGGUCGUGGACGUGGACGUGGACAUGGAGGACUUGGACGUGGAGGAUGUGGACGUGGACGUGGACAUGGACGUCGACAUGGACGUGGACGUGUACGUGGACGUGGACUUGGACGUGGACAUGGACGUGGACGUGGAGGUGGACGUGGACAUGGACGUCGACAUGGACGUGGACAUGGACGUGGACGUGGACGUGGUCGUGGAUGUGGUCGUGGACGUGGACAUGGACCUGGACGUGGACGUGGACGUGGACAUGGUCGUGGACAUGGUUGUGGACGUGGACAUGGACGUGGACGUGGACGUGGACGUAGACGUGGACCUGGACGUGGACGUGGACGUGGACGUGGACAUGGACGUGGACGUGGACGUGGACGUGGACGUGGACGUGGAGGUGGACGUGGACGUGGACGUGGACGUGGACGUGGACGUGGAGGUGGACGUGGACAUGCACGUGGAUGUGGACGUGGACGUGGACGUGGACGUGGACGUGGAGGACUUGGACGUGGACAUGGACGUAGACGUGGACAUGGACGUGGACGUGGACAUGGAUGUGGACGUGGACGUGAACGUGGACGUGGAGGACUUGGACGUGGACAUGGACGUGGACGUGGACGUGGACAUGGACGUGGACGUGGACGUGGACGUGGACAUGGACAUGGACGUGGACGUGGACGUGGACGUGGACGUGGACGUGGACGUGGACAUGGACGUGGACGUGGAUGUGGACGUGGACAUGGACGUGGACAUGGACGUGGACGUGGACGUGGACGUGGACAUGGACGUGGACAUGGACGUGGACGUGGACGUGGACGUAGAGGUGGACGUGGAGGUGGACGUGGACGUGGACGUGGACGUGGACGUGGACGUGGACUUGGACGUGGACAUGGACGUGGACGUGGACAUAGACAUCGACGUGGUCGUGGACGUGGACGUGGAUGUGGACGUGGACAUGGACGUUGACGUGGACGUGGACGUGGACGUGAAGGACUUGGACGUAGACAUGGACGUGGACGUGGACGUGGACGUGGACGUGGACGUGGACAUGGACGUGGACGUGGAUGUGGACGUGGACGUGGAAGUGGACGUGGACAUGGACGUGGACGUGGACGUGGACAUGGACGUGGACGUGGACGUGGACAUGGUCGUGGAUGUGGACGUGGACGUGGACAUGGACGUGGACGUGGACAUGGUCGUGGACGUGGACGUGGACGUGGACGUGGACUUGGACGUGGACGUGGACGUGGACGUGGACGUCGACGUGGACAUGGACGUGGACGUGGAAGUGGACGUGAACGUGGACGUGGACGUGGACUUGGACGUGGAGGUGGACAUGGUCAUGGACGUGGACGUGGACAUGGACGUGGACAUCGACGUGGACGUGGACAUGGACGUGGACAUGGACGUGGACAUGGACGUGGACGUGGACGUGGACGUGGACGUGGACGUGGACAUGGACGUGGACGUGGACGUGGACGUGGACGUGGACAUGGACGUGCACGUGGACGUGGACGUAGACGUCGACGUGGACGUCGACGUGGACGUGGACAUGGACGUGGACGUGAACGUGGACGUGGACGUGAACGUGGACGUGGACGUGGACGUGGACAUGGACAUGGACGUGGACGAGGACGUGGACGUGGACAUGGACGUGGACGAGGACAUGGACGUGGACGUGGACAUGGACGUGGACGUGGGCGUGGUCGUGGACGUGGACGUUGACGUGGACGUGGACGUGGACGUGGACAUGGACGUGGACGUGGACGUAAACAUGGACGUGGACAUGGACGUGGACGUGGACAUGGACGUGGACGUGGACGUGGACGUGGACAUGGACGGGGACGUGGACGUGGACUUGGACGUGGACGUGGACAUGGACGUGGACGUGGACGUGGACGUGGUCAUGGACGUUGACGUGGACGUGGACGUGGACGUGGAUCUGGACGUGGACGUGGACGUGGACGUGGACGUGGACAUGGUCGUGGACGUGGUCGUGGACGUGGAGGACUUGGACGUAAACAUGGACGUGGACGUGGUCGUGGACGUGGACGUGGUCGUGGUCGUGGACGUGGUCGUAGACGUGGACGUGGUCGUCCACGACGUGGACUUGGACAUGGACGCGGACGUGGACGUCGACGUCGACGUGGUCGUGGACGUGGACGUGGACGUGGACGUUGACGUAGACGUUGACGUGGACGUGGACGUGGUCGUGGAUGUGGACGUGGACGUGGACGUGGUCGUGGACGUGGACAUGGACGUGGACGUGGACGUGGACGUGGACAUGGACGACUUGGAUGUAAACAUGGACGUGGACGUGGUCGUGGACGUGGACGUGGUCGUGGUCGUGGACGUGGUCGUAGACGUGGACGUGGUCGUCCACGACAUGGACUUGGACAUGGACGCGGACGUGGACGUCGACGUUGAUGUGGUCGUGGACGUGGACGUGAACAUGGACGUGGACGUGGAUGUGGACGUGGACAUGGUCGUGGACGUGGACGUGGACGUGGACGUGGACGUGGACUUGGACAUGGACGUGGACGUGGACGUGGACGUGGACGUCGACGUGGACAUGGACGUGGACGUGGAAGUGGACGUGGACGUGGACGUGGACGUGGACGUGGACGUGGACGUCGUCAUGGACGUGGACGUGGACAUGGACGUGGACAUCGACGUAGACGUGGACAUGGACGUGGACGUGGACGUGGACGUGGACGUGGACGUGGACGUGGACGUGGACGUGGACAUGGACGUGGACGUGAACGUGGACGUGGACGUGGACGUGGACGUAGACAUGGACGUGGAUGUGGAUGUGGACGUGGAAGUGGACAUGGACGUGGACGUGGACGAGGACGUGGACGUGGACGUGGACGUGGACAUGGACGUGGACGUGGACGUGGACGUGAUCGUGGACGUGGACGGUGACGUGGACGUGGACGUGGACGUGGACAUGGACGUGGACGUGGACGUGGACAUGGACAUGGACGUGGACGUGGACGUGGACAUGGACGGGGACGUGGACGUGGACUUGGACGUGGACGUGGACAUGGAUGUGGACGUGGACGUGGACGUGGUCGUGGACGUUGACGUGGACGUGGACGUGGACGUGGAUGUGGACGUGGUCGUGGACGUGGAGGACUUGGACGUAAACAUGGACGUGGAUGUGGUCGUGGACGUGGACGUUGUCGUGGUCGUGGACGUGGUGGUAGACGUGGACGUGGUCGUCCACGACAUGGACUUGGACAUGGACGCGGACGUGGACGUCGACGUCGACGUGGUCGUGGACGUGGACGUGAACAUGGACGUGGACGUGGACGUGGACGUGGAUGUGGACGUGGACGUGGUCGUGGACGUGGAGGACUUGGACGUGGACAUGGACGUGGACGUGGUCGUGGACGUGGAUGUGGUCGUGGUCGUGGACGUGGUCGUAGACGUGGACGUGGUCGUCCACGAUGUGGACUUGGAAAUGGACGUGGACGUGGACGUGGACGUGGACGUGGUCGUGGACGUGGACGUGAACAUGGACGUUGUCGUGGUCGUGGACGUGGUUGUGGACGUAGACGUGGACAUGGAGGACUUGGACGUGGAGGACGUGGACGCGGACGUGGACAUGGACGUCGACAUGGACGUGGACGUGUACGUGGACGUGGACUUGGACGUGGACAUGGACGUGGACGUGGACGUGGACGUGGACAUGGACGUGGACAUGGACGUGGACAUGGACGUAGACGUGGACGUGGUCGUGGAUGUGGUCGUGGACGUGGACAUGGACGUGGACGUGGACGUGGACGUGGACAUGGUCGUGGACAUGGUUGUGGACGUGGACAUGGACGUGGACGUGGACGUGGACGUGGACAUGGACGUGGACGUUGACGUGGACGUGGACGUGGAUGAGGACGUGGACGUGGACGUGGACGUGGACGUGGACAUGGACGUGGACGUGGACAUGGACGUGGACGUGGACGUGGACGUGGACGUGGACGUGGAGGUGGACGUGGACAUGGACGUGGAUGUGGACGUGGACGUGGACGUGGACGUGGAGGAGUUGGGCCUAACGUGUGCAAAAAAUCAAGAACAAGGGCCUAACGUGUGCAAAAAAUCAAGAACAAGGGCCUAA